GGCCACGCCUCGUACUGCCCUUAUUGAUGCGUUUGCUCAGCCAGCGACCACUCUCUCUUUCCCCGGUCUCUUUCCAGGCUACAUUUCUGCUUUCACCCCCCCAUUCCUCUCCGUUUAACAUCCCGGACAUCUAUCCUAUUCCUCUGCAUCUCUUUGAGCAUCGCCACCAAACCGCAGCCACGAUGACGGAGGCGUCGGACAUGAAGCAGCGCGUGUCAAGCAACGGAAAUGUUCCAGAAGCGCCCAUAGAAGACGUGUUCGACCACUCUUACAAGGAAAAGGAAGGGCCCAAACCUCCGAGGACCAUCGUGUGGAGAAAUGUCGUUUCCAUGACCGUGUUGCAUUUAGGUGCCGCUUACGGCGUGUGCCUCAUUCCCUCGGCGUCUCCUUUGACCUUGCUGUGGUCCGUAUUUUGUUUCCUGAUCAGCGCUUUAGGAGUUACUGCUGGAGCUCAUCGCCUGUGGAGUCACAGAUCCUACAAGGCCUCAUUACCUCUGAAGAUCUUUCUUGGUUUAGCCAACUCCAUGUCAUUUCAGAACGAUAUCUAUGAGUGGGCUCGAGACCACAGGGUUCACCAUAAAUAUUCGGAGACUGAUGCCGACCCGCACAACGCCGUCCGGGGCUUCUUCUUCGCUCACAUCGGCUGGCUGAUGGUGCGCAAACACCCCGAUGUCAUCGAGAAGGGGAAAAAGCUGGAGCUCAAUGACCUGACGUCUGACAAAGUUGUAAUGUUUCAAAGGAAGCACUACAAGCUGUCGGUGCUGCUCAUGUGCUUCUUCGUCCCCAUGUCCGUCCCCUGGUACCUGUGGGGGGAGUCCCUGUGGGUGGCGUACUUCAUCCCGUCCGUGUUGAGGUACACGCUGGUGCUGAACGCCACCUGGCUGGUCAACAGCGCGGCUCACAUGUGGGGAAACCGGCCCUAUGACAAGAGCAUCAACCCCAGGGAGAACAAGUUUGUCACAUUCAGCGCGAUAGGCGAGGGAUUUCACAACUAUCACCACACGUUCCCCUUUGACUACGCGACGAGCGAGUUCGGCUGCAAGUUGAACCUCACCACCUGCUUCAUCGACGCCAUGUGCUUCCUGGGCCUGGCCACGGACCCCAAGAGGGUGUCCCACGAGCUGGUGGCGGCCCGAUCACAGCGCACCGGGGACGGAAGCCCCCGAAGUGGCUAAGAUCGAUGGAUCGUGGUCAGCUCGGAGGGGGAAAAACUAUCAAAGAUGAAGCUUCACAGUCCUCUGACAGCUCUACAUUUCUCAUCCACUGAAGAUAACCGUCAUCGUGAGGGCCUUGACAACAUUUUGUAGCUGUAAUUAAGUAAUUUGUUCAAGGUGGAUAAAAAGAAAAAAAAAAACCAUUUUGCGAAGCUCUUUGGCUUCUGUCCAGGCCGAGUCGUGCAAAGACUUAGACCAGAAGUAGACGCAUUUUAAAAGACAACGUCAUUCUCUGCUGUUUUUGCCACUUUGGUGUGCGUUCUUCAUGCAGUGUCAGUCAUGUAGACGGUCAUUUUAUGUAAGUAUUACUUAAUUAUUACUCAAAAUAGAUCAGAAGUGGAGCUCUGAAAGUACGAUAACAAUGUUUCAACUGAUAAUACUUAUAGGAGACUGUCGUUGUUUUCAGAACGUUUUUAUUGUUCUUAUACCGAAAAUUCACUUUGAGCGCUUUCAGAUAUGGGGGGGAAAAAAAGAUGAGACUUUGAAUGAUGUUUUGGUUAAAAAAAAAAAAAAAGUUGUUGGGCGUCCAUGAAAUAUGGCACACGCGAAAGAGGGAAGCAACCCAGACCUCCUGUUUCUCAUAACAGGACCACGCUCACAACAGUGUCUUGCAGUAUGUAUCCAAAUAUAUAUAUAUAUUUAUAUAUAUAUACCCACCCCCAAAACAUACUGUAUUUAGUCUUCGGAGUAAAUGGAUUGAGUAAUACCCAGAAAAUAUAUGUGAGGCAUUCAUUGUUAAAUUAAAAACUGCCGUUUAACAGCGAGAUCAGUUUAAAUUUUGAAAAUCAACUUUUGGGUGGUUUUCAAGGAAUCCAUCAGCGUGCCAGAUGUCAACAUAUUUAUAAGCAUCGCACUGGUCCCCCAGAGCACACUUGAGUCGAUAUUGCUUCGCCAACCCAACGUCAUUGUGGAGGGCUUGUUUUUAACGUCGUGGCAUCAGUGGCUUUGCUUCCACUUCCUCUUCCUCCAUCAGUCAUUUCCCUCUUUUGUCCAGAAACAUCUGCAGCAGAGAUCUCAUUGGUCGAUGCAGCAGCCAGUCAUGAGACAGUUCUGCUGUUAGAAAACAUGGCACACAUGCAUGACGAUACGCUGUAGUCGGUGUUGUGGUGAGGUGUUUUAUCGGUGACUCCAGUGGCAGAGUCGUGUCUAUUUUUUGUAACGUACUGUGAAGCUGCAUCACUUCUGGAACUGUUGCCGUGGUGAUUUCUGAGACGAGUUAGGGUUUCCCCUUUGAUAUGCUACUAAAGCUGAUUGUCAGUCCUAAAUUUCAGGUGCAUCAGUGCUUAUGUUCAACUUGAAUUCUGGUGUGCAGAAUGCUUAUAUUAUCUUAUUUGUUUAUUUCUUUUUUUUCCCCUCAUUGACUUGCUCUAAGCAGCUAGUUGCACUCCCAACAUUUGGCAGUGAAAUAAACCAAAUUUGAUUUCCUGUUUAUUUUAUAAGAAUCAGGAUACAACCUAAUGCCUUAUGACUUGUAUCCAUUCCUGAUCUUCUUCGCGCCAAAUCAGACCAUGGUCCAUGUUUACAGGCUGAAGCACCAGAUGGAACAUUGUUUUUUAAUCUAUAAACCCAUUUAAUUUAGACAAAUUGACAACAUCAAAUAGACAAAUCCAAGUGCUUUAAAUUAAAGAAUUCAUAUUCCAAGAAUACAAAGAAAUGCCUGCUGCAAAACGGUCAAUCAACAGAGAUAACCUGCAAAAAAAAGAGACCAGAUUCUGAUUCUUGUGUCAGCCCAUCAGGGUUCAUCAUGAGCAUCAUCACAGCAUUUGAAACAACUCCUACUGCCCCCAACACCAGAAUCAACAUUUUCCUAAUGAUUGUCAGUUUGAAAGAUAAUGUCAAAUAUCAACUGUACUAUUCUGAAAUAAAAAUUCCCAAUAUUUUCAAUACACACAAUUAAGAGUUGUUGCUCUUCUUUUUCCCCCCGUUCUUCAUUCCUUGUGUCUCUCUGAAAUAAAUCCUCUCUGAAAA